AUGAGAAAUAAAUAAACCCGCCCGUUAUUUAUACCUAAGCCAGAAAACGGGGAUUUUCCUUUUGACAUCAAAAACGCGAAUACUCAAGAUAUAAAAGCCAUAGACUUCUAUAGAAUGUACAAUUCAAUGCAAAUGUUUAUAGAGUAAUUAAUACCAGAUCAGACUCUCCAACAAAAAGUACAAACUAAUGUUGAUGCCAUUUACAGGGUCUUUAUUGAAAAAGACUUAAAUCCUCCUCCGCCUCAAAAACUAGUGGGGAGAAGAAGUUCUCCUUAUACAUAUUAAAAACAAGAGUUUUGGCAAUUGGUUGAGCACUUAAAUUCUCUAGGCUUCUCUUAUCGUCAAAUAUCAGAGAGAUUGCAAGUGCAUUAUGUUUAAAUUUCAACGCAUCAUCGAAGCACAGUUGAUUACGAUGACGAAGAUUCUGAAUAGGAGUCAGUCUCUGUAAAGAAAGUAAGCAAAGAAUAAGUUAAAUAACAUUUGGUUGUUCAAAAAUAAUAACAACAUGACGUUUUUUAUUCAGAUGAUGAAAAAGGACAGAAAUGA